ACUGUAGUACACAACACAAAACAGACAUAGUAGUAUUUAGGCGUGCGGUAGCGCAGUUACGGCUGCUCGUAAGAUUCCUUUGUCAGAAGAAUACAACUUUUGUCUUUUUCUUUGAUCUUCGUUCUCAUUACAAUCCACGCGCGAUGGAUAUUCCACGCGCCUCACACCCCGUUAUCGAUCCCAAAGUAAGGCGCGUUGGUUUCUUCGACCAACCCGAACCCGAAUCCCCGCACCUUCCGGACACUCCACCACCCGACCCGGUCUCCUCCGUCAUCAUGCCGCCUCCACGUCUUCUUUCCGAACGAACCGCCGCCGUUCCUGUUCCCGAGUCCAGGUUCCGACGCCACGAACUCGACGAUCAGGUGCCGAUUGGGAGUUACAAUCCCGCCCAGUGUGUGUUCAGAGCUUCGCCGACGGCUUCGAUUACUUCUAGCAGUGUCGGGAUCAUUGACGGCGAGUUCUCUGAGGAUUGCUCUGGUGCCGGAUGGUUUCGUGGCAGCGAAUUAAGUUUUCCUGACGGAGGGUUGGACUUACCGGCCGUGAAGCCUCAUGAAGUUUUGGCGGAGAACAGGUAUGAUGAUGCGGUGAAUGUGAAUAAUCUUCGUCGAGUUACUGAAAAGAAGCACGAGGCUGUGAAAGAAGUAUCUCCUGAUACGCCAUCAGUUUCGCAGCCAUUGAAAGCAAAAACUACAAAGGCUGAGAGACGAGCCCUGCAGGAGGCACAAAGAGCUGCAAAAGCUGCUUCUAAAGGUUAUACUAAUGGAAAUUCAGCAGUUGCUGAAUCUGGCAAAGCAUCCCCAGCGAAAAGUAAAAAGCAGUCUUCACAAAAGAAAGAUGGUCCUCCGGUUACAUCAUCAGUCACUAUUUAUAAGAAAUCUGGGAAUCAUCCUUUGGAGAAAGAGAGAAAAAAAGAUCCCCCUCCUCAACGAAUGCAAUUUGAUGAUCAAAACAGAGUGGAAAAAGCUAAACGGCGUGCACUAGUAAAUCAAACUGAAGCAAGAAACAGAGUUGAAAUAUUUCGGCAUUUGCCUCAAUAUGAACAUGGGAAUCAACUUCCUAAUCUUGAGUCUAGGCUUUUCCAACUCGACUCGAUGCAUCCUGCUGUGUUCAAGGUUGGAUUACGUUAUAUAGCCGGAGAUAUAUCAGGAGUUAAUGCUCGAUGUACCGAAAUGCUUAGAGCGCUUCAGGAUGCCAUUAUAGACUACUCCACUCCGCCUGAAAAAGUACUUAUUAGGGAUUUAACUGCAAAAAUUAAUAGUUAUGUUUCAUUUAUUAGCGAAUGCCGACCGCUUUCUAUUAGCAUGGGAAAUGCGAUUAGGUUUGUGAAGAGUCGAAUUGCCAAGUUGCCCUUAAGUUAUACUGAUACUGAGGCAAAAACAGCUCUUUGUUCUGAUAUUGACCGAUUCAUUAAUGAAAAAAUAAUUAUUGCGGAUAAGGUAAUUGUUGGACAUGCUAUUACCAAAAUUAGGGAUGGGGAUGUUCUUCUUACAUAUGGAUUGUCUUGUGUUGUUGAGAUGAUUCUCUUGUCUGCUCAUGAUCUUGGGAAAAAAUUCCGAGUUGUGGUGGUUGACUCACGACCAAAGUUUGAAAGUCAGGCCUUACUUGCUAGGCUUAUAGCCAAGGGCCUGAGUUGUAUGUAUACUCAUAUAAAUGCUGUUUCUUAUAUCAUGCACGAGGUUACAAGAGUUUUUCUGGGAGCUUCUGCUGUCAUGUCUAAUGGAACUGUACUUUCAAAGAUUGGGACUGCAUGUAUUGCAAUGGUGGCUCAUGAAUUUCGUGUUCCCGUAUUAAUUUGUUGUGAAGCUUUUAAAUUUCAUGAAAGGGUGCUACUUGAUUCAAUAUGUUGCAACGAAUUAGGCGACCCAGAUGCUGUUGCUACGGUUCCUGGAAGAAUGGAUAUCAAUUAUCUGGACAAUUGGACAAACAAAGAGAAUUUGCAGCUUUUGAAUUUGAUGUAUGAUGUUACCCCUUCGGAUUACAUCUCAGUUAUUGUUACAGAUCAUGGAAUGAUCCCUCCUACAAGUGUGCCUGUGAUCGUACGCGAGUAUGGACAAGAGCAUUACAUUACUUGAUAUAGAUAGAGAAAGGUUAGAAAGGUAAAAGCCCGUACCAAUUUUGAUAAAUGGAACUUUUCUGCAUAGUUAAUGCCUAGUUUUACAAAUUUGAUUUUUUAUUUAUUUUUAGCUUUACCUCUCCAAACGACUGUGGAGAUAUUCGGAUUGUUUAAGUGGUUUUGUCUAAUUUGUACAGGUAAAAUAGUUUUGCACACCAUACACAAGUGUGUGUUUUUCACCAUUGGAUCAUUAAGUUCCAUUUAUAUUUUAUUUUGAUUCAGUGGUUGAAAA